AAAACACGCCUUCCGUCAUAAUUUGUUUGGACGACGUCAAACAAGUUGGUUAUUGUUAGCCUUAGCAGUGGCAAGUAUUUCAGCUACCGACGCGUUUUAACUGUCGGUGCAUAGAAGUGCAUUUAGUUGUUGUUUUUCAUGCUUAAUUUACUAAAGUGACGUUUUGAACUGCUGCCAUGUUCAAAACGGUGAGACAGGCGCUUUUCUCCAGCGGACUACAAAACCCACAAUUCACAGUACCCGAGAAACAGCCCGAGGACUACGAGAUACGCACGUACGUGGCGGCCAAGUGGGUCAGCACCAGCCUCAGCGGGACCAGUCUGGACCAAAGCGUGCGAAUGGGCUUCCGCAGGCUCUUCAGCUACAUUCAAGGCAACAAUGACAAAAACGUCAAAGUGGAGAUGACGGCCCCGGUGACGUGCCGCGUGGACCCCGGCGCCGGCCCCGCCUGCGAGUCCCGCUUCACCGUGUCCUUCUUCAUCCCCGAGGAGCACCGCGCCGCGCCGCCGCCGCCCAGCGACCCCGACGUUUUUGUGGAGAACAGGGAGGAGUUCACCGCCUACGUCAGGAGCUACGGCGGCUUCUCCAACGAGACGCUAGCGCGCGCCGAGCUGCUGCAGCUGCUGAGGAGCCUGCAGCGAGACGGCGUCGACUUCGUGGAGCGGCCGUACUACGUGGCGGGAUACGACAGCCCCUUCAGGUUGGUGAACCGCACCAACGAGGUCUGGAUCCUCAAGGGGGACGGCUGACCGCCGGAGUAAUGUGGCGGCCGCUUUCAGUAGCGCGUUUGCCAAAAGUUUACCUCGAUGCCGCACGCGGGAAAGGAGGGUGGUGGUGCAGUUCGGUUGCUUGGCCACUGGAGGGCGGCAUCAGCCUUUGUCUGUGGAAAAAUGUUUACACAUUUGUUUGCUUUAUACUCACUAGUGAGACAAUUCAGCAGCAAGCUGGAUGUCAAAUGGCUUUCCUAUCUUUUGUUGGCCUUUUUGGGAAAUGAGCAGUUAGUGAAUCAAAUUUUAGUUUCUUUCGGCUUGUCCCAUCUCAGAUGGGCGCUCAUAUUUGUUAGGCACAAAUUUUCAUGCGGAGGCCCCAGUGAGAUCCGAACUCACAACCCCUGGUUUUCCAAACCAGUGCUCUAACCACUGAGCUACGGGGCCUCCACUUAGCGAGUCAAACGUUCGGAUAUUAAAACUUUUUAUGGUCUACUGACGAGGCUGAAAUGAAUGUCUGCUGUUCGGAAUGUUUAUUAAUGGACAACUAACAUUUAUAUAAAAAAAAAAAAUCUUUUCAAAUGAUUGUCAGCAUUUCUCAGUGAAUAUUACAUUAAUCAAAAUUCGUGCAUAUAUGAAAUUUGUUGCUUAAUAAAAUUGUUGGGUUGUAAUAGUA